GUCAGUCAAAAUCGGAUUAUCCAAUCCUGUUUACCACAGUUCCGUCUUCUUUAGGUUCCCCCUCGACAGAGAGCCCGCCUCUCAUUGUACGAAAUUGGACCAAAUCGGUGUCAUUCUUUCUCUCUCCGCAAGGAAGGCGGAAGAGGAGGGGUAAAGGACCCCUACUUCCGGUUUAUGGGUAAAAUUGACACACAAUGAGGAGCCGCGACCGACCAGAUUAAACCUGCGUAAAAAAGUAUUUUGAAUUGAAAAAAUAAGGAAAAACGAUUAGAGGACAUGGACAAUCAGUGUACGGUGCAAGUCAAGUUGGAGUUGGGACAUCGGGCACAGCUUCGUAAGAAGCCCACCUCCGAAGGGUUCACCCAUGAUUGGAUGGUGUUUGUUCGAGGUCCAGAGCAGUGUGACAUCCAGCACUUUGUUGAAAAAGUGGUCUUUCGGCUGCAUGAAAGUUUUCCCAAACCUAAACGAGUUUGUAAAGAGCCACCCUACAAGGUAGAGGAAUCUGGAUACGCAGGCUUUAUAAUGCCAAUUGAAGUAUAUUUCAAAAACAAGGAGGAACCCAAGAAGGUUUGUUUCACCUAUGACUUGUUCCUGAACCUGGAAGGAAAUCCACCAGUGAAUCAUUUGCGCUGUGAGAAACUGACUUUCAAUAAUCCCACUAAGGAGUUUCGACGGAAGUUGGUGAAAGCUGGUGGGGUUAUGGUAAUGCCUGAAGGAGCUGAGUCGGUUUCAAGGCCAAGCCCAGACUACCCUAUUUUACCUACAAUUCCACUGUCUGCAUUUUCAGAUCCUAAAAAGACAAAGCCUUCACAUGGAUCAAAGGAUGCGUCUAAAGAUGGCAGCGGCGGAGGUGGUGGAGUUACUGGUGGUGGUGGUAAGGCCUCCAAACCACAUAAAGUGACCAAGGAACACCGGGAGCGUCCUCGUAAAGACUCGGAGAGCAAAGCUUCAGCAAAGAAUGAAAUGGGGGAGAAGGAGACCAGCAAGGUGCCCAAAGAUUCCCCAGUGGCACGAAAGCCAGCGGACAGCAAGAGCACCAAAGAGGAGAGCAAAGCUCCACCCAAAGCGGCCUUUAAGGAGCCCAAGCUGACUGUGAAAGACUCCAAAUUAGAGGGCAUGUCCCCUAAGGGUGGGGGGGGAGGUGGAGGAGGGACAGGGGGAGGAGGUGGAGGUUCAGUAGAAUCUAAGGGUUCUAGUAAGCGUCCUUCCAGUGUAGAGUCUCCCAAGCCCAGCACUAAGAAACAGAAAAAGGGAGGCUCGGAGGGAGGGAAGGCACCUGGGCUCACAGGGACAUCGCCCAGGGUUUCAUCCUCCACCUCCGGGGCCUCUUCUGCAGCUCCUCCUCCCUCUGGCUUCCCUGAAAAGAAGCCACCCAAGGAUAAAGGUGGUAGUGCCCGCUGGGCAAAAGUGAAGCCUGAGACAACUGAACACAAGGAUGUCAAAAAGCUAUUGGAGAGUGAAGAGUCUAACUCUGAGGAUGAGGCCACAUCUAAGUCUGAGUCGGUGCCAUCCAGCCCAUCAAAUUCCAGUUCAAGCUGUGACUCCAGUUCAGAUUCAGAUUUUCAGCCCUCGCAGAACCACAGUCAAGGUCCUCUGCGCUCUAUGGUAGACAGUCUCGGUUCUGAAGAAACGGAUGAUGAUGACAGCAGCUCUGAAGAGGAGACUCCUGUGAAAGCCAGCUCACCCAAUAGGGAUUCCAGGUUGAACGUAGACAGUGAGAGCAACAGUAGUGAGGAAUCGCCUCUUCCUAGUCGGGAUCCAGCACCGACGCAAAAGCACAGCUCUGCUAAUAGCAAGGUGUCUGGGAGGAAGAGUCCAGAGCCCUGUAGCCGGCCAGAGAAGAUCCUAAAAAAAGGCUAUGACAAGGCUUACACAGAUGAACUUGUGGAUCUCCAUCGACGGCUUAUGGCACUGCGAGAGCGGAAUGUCCUGCAGCAGAUUGUCAACCUGAUUGAGGAAACGGGCCAUUUCAAUGUCACCAACACCACCUUUGACUUUGACUUGUUCUCACUGGAUGAGUCCACUGUGCGUAAAUUACAGAGCUACCUGGAGCCCACUGCAACGUGACAACAAGCGUGCCGGACUGAGAGAGUGGGUGGGGACCGAUCUUUUUGAAGAAUACAGUUAGGUUGAACGGACUGGAUGUUGGCGGCAGAAGUGGGAGAAAAUGAGAAGUGUCGUCCACAACCGCACGCCCCACUCCCUUCCUGUUUCCUUCCACAUUAGACACACAGUCCCCAGUAGCGCUGGGGCUGUCUUUUAUAUGGACAUAUUCUACGUGUAUAUUUAUAUAGCCGGCAUCCCCGAGGCAUUCACAGCAACAAACAGAGAUGGGCGUUUGCCUUAGCUCUCCUGCAUGCUGCCUUAUGGGAUUGGGGGCUUGGGGCGAUGGUUGGAGGUCUUCAGCAGCAAGGAGCUGGCCACUCCUCCAUGAGCUCAAGCAAUGAGGAGCAAUCAGUGAGAGCUUUUUAUUGUAUUUAUUUUUUAACUUGAUCAUUUUAUUAACGGUUGGCAUGGCUAAGUGUGUGGGUUAGAUGUGAACCUUUGGGAUGGGAUGGGAUGGGUUGGGUUGGGUUGGAUUUCCAUUCCACACUUUGGCUAGAUGGCUGAAAAUAGCCAGCAAGUGGAGCGGUCACCCAAGUCUAGGAUGGUGGAAGAGACCUGGUUUGCUUUUAAGACCUGGCAACGCCACAACUAAUCUGAGGGAUUCCAGAUUUGUAUUGCUGAAGCAGACAUGGACAGGUUCAGGCUUUGCCUUUACUUUGCUCAUCUUUUUGAGCGCCAUCACUCAAAUGAAGCCCCCCCCCCCCACCCCUUUUAUUAUAUACUGUCAGUAUACGUGUAUGUAUCGGGCGUCAUUCCAAGUUGGGAAUGCUGCCUUUUUAUUAUUAUUAUUUUUUUUUUUUUUUAAUUAUUCGUCAUGUCCCAUGUUGCUUGAUCAGUAAGAUUCCUUCUGUUCUCUGUCCCAUACUGGGGUAGACACUCGGGAGGACAUUUGUAAUGGGCCACAGCUCUUUAAACCUCUACAAAUAUGCAGCAUGUGCAAACCCUUCCAAUGUGUAGUCCUUCUCCCUCCAGUCCUUUGAAUGAUUUCAGAGAAAGAUUAGGAGGAAGGAAGGAAUACGCUGAUAGCACUAUCUGCCCCAAAUGUAGCACUCUUGGUGCCCUUGUUUAGAAUGGGGGAAGCAGAAGAAGACCACGGCUGUGCUUCUGAGGGCUGUCCAGUCUGCACCAAGAAGACUAAAUGAAGCCGUGUCUCCUGGGAUGUGUGACCGUAGUCCACUCGCAGUCGCUCUUUCUGGCUUUCCCCAACCACCCACUGUGACACCAGCUGAUGUCCAUUGGGUGGAUGUUCUUAGCUGGUCCCUCGCUGUGGCUCUGGAGUAUUCUGCUGUGGUCCACCUUUACAAAGAGUAGGGGUUGUAUUUUAUAUAUACAUGUAUUUUAUUUUUGCACAAUUUACCUUCAUGGAUAGGUAAGAUUUUAAUCAUGAAACUGUAAAAGAAAAAAAAAAAAAGACAAAAUCUCUCCUUCAGGCUGUUUAACAGGCUUGGGGGUCCCCUUUCUGAAUCUUGGCUGCCAUGUAGAUUAGGAUCAGGCUGGGGAUUGGGGAUUUGGCGCUUGUAGUAUUGAACACAAAUUAAAAUUUGUGUUAUUUAGGAGUUCACGUGGCAUCUCCAUACAGUUGUUUUCCAUAUGUUGAUCCUUGCUGCCACACACAUCUGUGAGGUUAAAUAUGAAGGCUUAUUUCUUCCUAGCUCCUCUGAUUUCUAUUAACGGCUUUCCUGGCUGCUUAAAAAAACAAAAAAAGGUCUCAAAAUCCAAGGUGGCUGCCCAACAGUCCUUUACUUCUCUUUGUGGUGAAGAGCAAUGAACAAAUUAAAUAUGCAACACGAGUAUUUGGCUUCUCUGUGUUGUUACAGCAUAUGCUGCAACAUGGCUGCUGGGGACCAGUAGUCUGGGAAAAAAUGGGGCCGGUUAUGAAAAUGAGACCAUUUUUUUUUAAUAGAGGAAUAAAUUGUUGAAUGCUAAAGCAUUCGUUACUAAAAAAAAAAAAAAAAAUAAUGAGAAAAAAAUACCAGGGGCUUAGUGACCCAAGUGUCUGCAAUGAACGAUGGGGCAAGGGGUCCUCUGGUAGGUAGACAUUUAAUCGGUGGCUUGAAGGGUUUGUGAGCCCUUAAUGGUGGCAGCAGGAGAGAGCGAUUUCAUUUUAAAUCAUGGCACAAAGUCCUUCACUAUUAAUGCCAUCAUGAGAAACCGAGAGAGAAAUUUCGAUGACUGGUCUUAGUGGAAGCCUAAAUUACGUUUUGGAGAUUGAAACCAUGUGGGCAAGCCUGAUGUCUUGAAGACAGUAUUUACUCAAAUAUCCUUUCACGUUUAGCAGAAGUUGUCGAGGAAUCGACUGUCUGAGACUCCCACAAUCAUGUGAACUGUCGUAAGUGUUGAUUUCCUGCCCAAAGAAGAGAACGACCGGAGAGUGCAAAGUAAUGCAUCAUCUGUAUGUGUCCAUUUCAGUGGAGCAGGGCUUUUUUGGAUAUUCAUUUUUACAAAAGGGGGUCUUUGCAUUUCACUGAAAUAUAUAAAUGUAUAAUAAAACAAGUAGAUCAUCUACUGUGUGUAUUUAAGAGCAAUGUUGCUGCAUAAAGACUUUUUCAAUGUG